UUUCGCCAGAACACGCGCAUGCGCAUACGUUAUUCAGCACUGUCCACCGCAUACAAUAUACACAAGAUUAUUGCUCGAGCGAGCGAGAGCAGCACUUCUUUCGGUCAUCGUGUCGAUUUGAGUUUGCUGUGGAACAAGCCGCCGCCAUCUUGGAAACGAAAUCUCUCGUCCCCUCCCCCGAUGCGCAAUUAGUAGUCUAUGCGCUGACUUUCCAGCUUCGAUUUGGACGGACUCUGUCUGUCAGUGGAAACCAAGAUUUGGGCUACGUUUGGCAGUCGGCGAUACAAAGCGGCCAUGAUUUCACGCACUUGCCCUGUGUUUACAAUAAUGUUGAAAGCUCCUUCUUCGAUUUAUACCGCGAAUAUGAUGGCGAUAUCAAGUAAUUAUUUGUUUCUCCGAAACCGCUAGAACGACAACAAGAUACUGUCUUCAAGGAUAAUUGCUCUCAAGUUUUGAUUUGCAGUAUGGCUGAUUCUGAGACGAAGCCUAAAGAUGUCAGUGAUGUCACAUGCUCUCUUUGCCUGGAGCAGUACCAAGACCCGCGAGUGCUAGCCUGUCUGCACACUUAUUGCCGACACUGUCUGGAAAGUCUGGUAGAGCACAGCCAGGAACGCACAGUGUCUUGCCCCCAGUGCCGGGAAAAAAUAGUGAUUAGUGUGGAAGAGGUAAAAGAUCUAAAAGUAGACUUCAUGCUGAAUGAUAUGAUUGAAAAGAUGUCGCUGGAUCAGGAAAAUAAAGUCGACAUCUCUAUCACUUGUGAAACCUGCCAAAGUGAUGUUGCUACUGGGAGAUGUGAUGAUUGCUGUGAGUUUAUGUGUGAGUUCUGUAUCACAUCUCACAGACGAUUACUGCGCACAAAUCAGCACAAGAUAAUAGGUCUGAAAGAGGCCACAUCGAAAGGCAAGUCAAGCUGCAAGUCACACUAUUGCCCAAGGCACAAAGGAGAGAGGCUCACUUUGUUGUGUGACACUUGUGACGAACUGAUUUGCCAAGAUUGUGCAAUCACUACCCACCAAUAUCACAAGAUCAACUUCACUAGCAACAUUAUAGAUCGAGAGAAAGACGAAAUUAAGGCGAAAGUGGAAGAAGUAAAAUCCAAGCAAACCGAUUCAUCCCAACUACAUGAUAAAGUCGUAAAUGAAAAAGCUCGAAUAGAAGCACAGAAAAAUUCGUUGACGUCUGAAAUUGACGACUUUAUAAACGCACAGAUCAGUGCUUUGGAAAAGGUGCGUUCAAAUCUAAAAGAUGAGGUUAUCUCUGAUUAUGAGAAGAGAAAUAAGCAGCUUGAUUGUUACGAAGAUUUUCUCUCUAUUUUCAUCGCAAACUGCAAUAGCUGUGUGAAGUUCGCAGAGCGUGUAUGUCAGGCGGGUCCAGGAAACGAAGUUGAGGUGUUAUCGUUGAAGAGGGAGAUCAUGCCGCGACUAUCACAUCUUGCAGAUACCACCAUGCAAGAUGUGCUGUUUGAAAAAGUCAUCGUUACCUUUAAUGUAGACGAGGAUUUCUGGAAAUCUGUAACCGAGAAAGCUUCUUUCGAAAGAGUGACCGUUGACCCCCAGCAGUGCGUCGUUACCAUGGGAACAGGUGCAGAGCCAGGGAUCAUUUAUUCCACGUUUGCAAAGCAGCGCAUACAUUUUUCAGUUGCAGUUAACGACAGUGAGAAGCAACGUUAUGAUGCGCCAGUGAGGGUCGAAGCUUAUGUUCAAAAAGAAGAUUUUGAUUUGUUCACGUCUUCUGAUUCUCCUGGGCCAGUGAUCCCUUUGAAUGUUGUAAUGCAGUUUUAUGACGAUGGCUAUGGCUAUGAAUUUACGUACACGCCACCUGAUGAAGGAUGUUAUCAAUUGUCUGUUACAGUAAACGGUGAACAUGUCAGAGGGAGCCCAUUCCAGUUGUCGGUGCGAUCAAAAUUUGAUUUGGUCAAAAUGUUUAAGGAGCCUGCCAACAAACCCUUAAAGUUAAAACUAAAUGGGAGUCACGUCGCUUUGAGAGUCCAAUUUCUCAAAGCAAGUUUGGAACUUGAGCUCGGAGUAAAACGUGAAUCAAAUAAGGGUGAGCAGAUCUGGGGUUGUAAGUCUCAUAGUGCCGUGACAUUUGAUCAGAAUAACGACUGGCGUUAUAAGAAAAGUUGGGGUGGCGUGUUUGGGAUGUAUCUCAGCAGGGAUAAUUGGCUGAAAGCAAGAAUGAUCAUCUGUGAUGAAGGAACAGACGAGAGGAAUAUAUUCAAGGAAAUCCUCUAUCCUGUUUAUUUACAUACCCGCGGCAAAUGGUCUCCACAGUUCGAGAAAGAAGAAGAACAAAGAAAUUCUGAACUAUGAACUGUGUUUUACAUGAUUUGUGCGUCUAGCCGUUCCAGGUUUUGAAUUUUCCGAAUUUUCUGCUAGAAAUGCUAAAGCAACACUAGAAAUGCACCACUGUUUAGAUAUUAAAGUUAAAUCUAGAAAGAAGAAAUAAGCUAAAAACACGGAAAAAAUUUAAGAGAUGAAAUAUAGAAAAUGAUAGAGAACGAUUUGAUGCUGUAUUGUUGUUACCACUAUCCCCAGGAUCAAGGUAGGGAUCAUUCUCAUGUAUUUGUUGGGAUCGAGAUUCCAAAUAUUGUGAUCGGGACGAUUUUCUGAUCUGGUAACUUUUCUUGCACCUAAGAAAUAGAUUUCACAAUGUCCAGAACUUUUUUUCUUUUUCCAAAAGUCAGACCAAAGUUAGUUCGAGCAUCAUAUUUCUCUGUCGGAACUUUUAGUUGAUUUUUGCGUUUUUUUGUGUAAAGUGCUGUCUUUCUAACUCAUAAGCCUGGCUCAUUUGAAAACAAAGAAGUCAUGCAAGCCUUAUCGUGUUUUCAUAAUGAAAAUAUACACAUGAAUAACCCUAAACGCUCGAUAAAGGGGAAGCCAAUGUUACAGGACGACUUGACAAAUUGAUCAGGAAAGAGCUAAUUGUCGUUUAGUAUUUCAUGUUUCUUCUACGAGAACCGGAACUUCUUAAGUUUUUGGUUCUUUUAAGGAUAAUUUGAUAGUUGAUGAUUUCCUUAGUCUAGUUUGUUGCACGCCCGUGCAGGCCCGUACCCAGGGGGGUGCAGGGGUUGCAAACGCACCCCCCCCCCUCCCAUAGCGGCCAAAGGUCCAUAUUCGGUUCUCAAUAGACGUGUUAUUAUUUGUAGACAAAACUAUAAAGCAUAAGCUAGAUCACUCUGGUACGAGCCAAAUCCGACAAUAAACGUCCGGUGGAGAUACUGCAAAGGCGUGGUCCUCCCCCGGAAGUAUUAGGCUCAUUUUUCCGGAUUUCGCACCCCCACCCCCACUCCCAAGAAAAAUCCUGGGUACGGGCCUGCCGUGGACCCUCUUCUUCGAUAGAUGGCCUUUUAGCGCCUAAAUCAAAAGGGUAUGUUCAGUUUCACAUACAUGGCGGAAUCGUGGUCUCUUCUUGUCGUUUCAGACAUUUUACUUGAGCAGUUUAAUCUCACAUGUUAUGAUCACCUCUGUACAUGCGCAGUUUAUUUUUAAAAGUUGCUUAAUCAUUAAUAUUAUUUUAGAGUCACCUUGACUUCUUAUUUUGUAAAUACGCUUUGACAAGAGACCAAUCCUGUGAUUUCCCACGCCCUUGAUAUUUUUCAUGAUUGUGUAGUUCCAUAAAAUAUCCAUCCCCUCCCCCUUGAGGGGAUUGGGAAUUCCGCGGUGUGGGCGUUAAAACGCCCAGGAAUUUCCAGAUGGGGGGGGGGGGUAGUAUUUUAGAGUCACCUUGACUUCUUAUUUUGUAAAUACGCUUUGACAAGAGACCAAUCCUGUGAUUUCCCACGCCCUUGAUAUUUUUCAUGAUUGUGUAGUUCCAUAAAAUAUCCAUUCCCCCCACCCACCCCCCCCCCCCUCCUUGAGGGGAUUGGGAAUUCCGGGGUGUGGGCGUUAAAACGCCCAGGAAUUUCCAGAUGGGAGGGGGAGGGGGGUAAAAUGUCCUUUUUCCUCAACAGUUACUGUAGUGGGGUAUGAAUAUUUUCUGGAACUACACAUUGGUUCAAACGUAUCCAAUUCUCCCCGUUCCCUGGGGUCUUUUGAAUUGGUUUUCUUUCAUGUGAGACGACCACAUGGAUUGCUGUCUGGUCCUAGCGUAUAAAUAUAGAAAGCCUAGAUUUGUAAUUUAUGUGCGCUGGCAUUCAGGCAAUUACAAUUAAAACCAGUUGAAAUACCA